AUGAUGAUCGGGAAAGUAAGAUUGGAGCAGCAGUUUAAACAAGAGGAGGAGAGGAGUACAGAAGAAACGAUUUCAGAAGAUCAAAAAAUUAAAAGGGAAAGUACAGCAAUUGAAAUAGAGAGCGAGGAGGAGUUGUACGGAUUGGCUCUCAUACUCCGUAACACAGAAGACGCCGCCAAAAAGAGCCGUGAUUUGACAGGGAUACCAGAUAAAGAGCGGUCUGAUGAUCAUGAAAGCAGUAGAGGAGAGAAAACAAAUGGACCGUCUGAAAACAAAGAGAAAGCCUGUUUAAGAUGUUGUCAAAAUAUUAACAGAAGCCUCAUUAUUUACAAAAGUUUUUACUUCUUUUUCUUUUCGGCUGUGGGUUCUUUAUUUCCUUAUCUCGCAGUGUUUUAUAAACAGCUAUGGCUUUCCGCCCAUGAAACAGGAAUACUGAUCGGAAUCAGACCAUUGAUUCAGCUUUUCGGAACGCCUAUGUGGGGAGUCAUCGCAGAUACAUACAAGAAAAGCAAAGUGAUCUUUGUGGUGUCACUAGUUGCAUGGUUGGUAUCGAACUAUUCCUUGUCUCUCGUAUCUCCUGUUUUUCAUUUGGGCGUUUGCAAUGAUAACGCUACCUUAACAAUCAUCCAAGAAAUUAUGAAAGAAAUGAAAAACAGAACGAUCUCACAGAAGAAUAACACAACUCAUCAUAAACAUUCCACGCAUAAACCCUCCAUACCUCUUUCAGCAAACUCUGGAAAUUCUAGUAAUCAUUGGUUUGAGAUAGUCAGGAAAGAGAGGGCAAAACAUCCUUCGAAGCGAAACGCAGGUCAACCAUUGAAGUAUACACUUCAAAACAAAGUAAACAAAGUGCUUCAGGUAAAUUAUCAUGUAAACAUUUUGUACGAUUUGAUGGAAAAAACCGACAGUACUUUGGUUUCUAAAAGAGGAAUCAAACAGAUACAUCGAUUUUUAGACAGAUCAACACUCCAUACAAGUAGCCCCCCGAUAGUGAACAAGUCAAUGGUUCGUAAGCGAAGUGUUUAUAAAGGAAGAUUUCUUCAUGCGUCACUCAACGAUAAUCAAAGAGGGAGCAAUAACAAACGUCUAAUCACAAUAGGACAGUGCUUCAAAUUGGGCAGUGAUGAACAAAGGUUACGCCGAGCCAGCUUGGAUAAAAGCGCACUGAUGUCCAAACCAGAUAUCUUAACACUUUUCAUGAAUUCAAGUAGUAUCAACGAGGACGGGGUUUUCAUUCAAUUUUACAGCGGAUGGAUGGAAAGAGUUUUCGACUCCCUGAACAUGGCUGGGGAGUAUCCAUGGCCUCUGGACACAGUGGCGGACUAUGAGUCAACACAGGAGGCACAUGAGUGGCUAAAUCCACAUGAUCAUGACUUGUUUACCAUCCUGUUUGUUAUCACAGCUACUGGUACACUGAUUGCUGCACCAGCUAUUACCUUAGCUGACACUGCCACACUGCAGAAGCUUGGUGAGUAUAUUGAAGUUGUCGAUAUUCAAAAAUUUUCUUGAUUAUUUCUUUUGGAAACAUACGUAAACUUUGUUGUGAUACCUUGUUUUACUUCUAAGUAGAUUUUUUGGGUAAAGCAAUGAAAUACGUUAUUGAUAUCACAACACUACUGAUAACAUGUAUAAGUAAUAGUGGUGGUACUAGUAGUAGUAGUAGUAGUAGUCAUAGUAGUAGUAGUAGUAGUAGUACUAGUGGUAGUAGUAGUAGUCAUAGUAGUAGUAGUGAUCGUGAUCGUGAUCGUGACCGUUAUUAUGAUUGUAUGUUUUCCUUCGUAAGGUAACAGGCCAGAGGACUACGGCAAGCAGCGUUUAUGGGGAGCGUUUGGCUGGGGACUAGCAGCCUUUAUUGUUGGAUCAAGUCUAAGCACAGUUGAGGAACUGAGUAACUGUAACAAUCCUUUGAGUGUAGAUUACCUGCCAUGCUUUUACGCUUUUGCGUGUCUAAUGGGCGUGGCUGUCUUGAUUGGUGCUUUGUUUGAGUUUGACGAAAAAGAGUUACACGAAAGUAGCAUCUGGCAAGGGCUUGCAUUGUUGUGUGACUGUCAAUAUAUAUACUUCAUCUUCACAAUUCUGUUCUGUGGAAGUGCACUGGGCUUUAUAGAAACUUUCUUGUUUUGGCAUUUGCAAGAUUUAGGCGGUACACAGUUCUUGUUCAGUACCAUCACUGCCAUCCACUGUAUUUCUGAGGUGGCAGUUUACAGUUUUUCUGGUACGUUCAUCAAAUGGCUAGGGCAUCACCGGGUUUUGUACGUUGGACUUUCAUGCUAUAUAAUCAGAUUUUUUGGCUAUGCCCUUAUAACAAACAGCUGGGUGGUACUACCUUUUGAGAUCCUUCACGGCUUGUCCACAGCAGCCGUAUGGUCAGCGGCCGUCGUCUUCGUGGGACUCAUUCCCGGGGCGCCUGCAACAAUGCAGGGAAUUCUUGGUGGUGUGCACUGGGGUCUGGGUAAUGGUGGUGGAGGAGUGCUCGGUGGAUUAUUAAUCACUUACGCUGGUGCUACCACCUCUUUCCUCAUAUUUGGAGUAAUCAGCAUAGUAGACUUGAGUUUAUUCAUACUUUUGAACAACAUGGAAUUUUUCAACUGUUUUGAGUGGUCCAAAGGGAGUGGUACACAAUCAGAGUAUAGUCCAGUAGAAGAUGAAGCCUAUAAAAAUGAAAAACUAGAACCAGAUUAUGACGAUCUUUACUGA